UGUGCAAUGAGGCGGAUUACGCAGAUGUGUUUGUGUUCAACCUGUUCCAUCAAACAGUCUUCAACUACACCGCGAGUUCUGUGAAUAGGCGCAACAAUCUUUGCAAUGAAUCUCACAUAAUUUCGGUCGCGUCCUUCAAGCAGCCUCUUCUAAUGACGGACUUUUAUAUAUUGUAGUUAUAUUAUCUCUAAAAUUUAUCCUUCGCUUCGUCACUACAAUUUGCAUUUCAUGGAAUUCAAAGUUGAAACCCUUGGGAAGAAUCAUGGUGCCGCGGGUAAAACUGCUUCUUGCAGUCGUUUCAAGUCUCGUCAAUCUUGGAUUUUCUGGAGCACCAACAGCACCACCGAAAAAGAAAGCUGUAGUUGAAAACAACUCAGGUGUGACACCGGCGGGAUUGUGCGGUUCUUGGGUCAAAGAUUCUGAUGGAGGAAUUUUUACAUCUCCUAACUAUCCUGAGAAAUAUCCUCCUGACCGAGAAUGCAUAUACAUAAUUGAAGCUUUUCCAAGGCAAUGCAUCGACCUGUAUUUUGAUGAAAAAUAUGCCAUUGAGCCAUCGUGGGAGUGUAAGUUUGACCACAUUGAAGUCAGGGAUGGACCCUUCAGCUUUUCUCCUAUCAUCGGCCGUUUCUGUGGACAAGAGAGCCCGAAUUAUGUUAGGUCCAGUGGACGAUACCUUUGGUUAAAAUUUGUGGCAGAUGGUGAACUAGAAUCCAUUGGAUUUUCAGCUCGGUACAAUUUCACCCAAGAUCCUGAUUUUAAGGACCUUGGAGUUCCAUCACCUCUUCCAUUUUGUGAGUUUGAGAUGAGCGGGCCAGAGGGCAUUGUGGAGUCUGCAAUGGUUGCGAAAGAGAGCAAAGCGUUGCAGACAGAGGCUGUAGACUGCAGGUGGUUCAUAAGAGGUCCUCCUGGCUCUAAGAUCUAUUUGCGCUUCCUGGAUUAUGAGAUGCAGAACUCGAAUGAGUGCAAGCGUAACUUUGUGGCGGUGUACGAUGGGAGCAGCUCGGUGGAGCAUCUGAAGAAUAAAUUCUGCAGCACGGUGGCCAAUGACGUGAUGCUGGUGACUUCAUUAGGUGUGAUUCGCAUGUGGGCCGAUGAGACUAGCCGCAGGAGCCGAUUUCGUAUCCUCUUCACCACCUUCCACGAGCCUCCAUGUGAAGGAGAUGCAUUCUUCUGCCAUAGCAACAUGUGUAUUAACCACACGUUGGUGUGCAAUGGUAUCCAAAACUGUGUCUAUCCUUGGGAUGAGAAUGGUUGCAAAGAGAAAAGAAAAGCCACUAUCCUGGACAGCCUUGACAAUACCAAUGUAACCAUCAUUGGAGUGACCUGCGGAGUGGUGAUUAUCCUGCUGACCGUGUCGAUAAUCAUUCAAAUAAAACAGCCACGGAAAAAGUACAUAAUCCGCAGGGAUGAAUUUGACCCCACCUUGCUUCACGAGGCCUUUGAACCCCCGCACUACGAGCUGUGCACGUUACGGCAAGCAACCUCAUCCGAUGAUGAGGUGUUACCUGAGGAUUUCCCCAAAUUGCAGCGCACCUCCUCCAAAUGCGUCCACGGUCACCACUGUGGCUCGGCGGUGUCCAGCACUCGAGGCAGCCGCACCGACCUCAGCCUGCGAGAUGCUGCUGCCAUUCUCUCAGAGAUGGAGACGUCAGUACAACCCCAGUUCCCUAUGCAAGCCACCCCCACUGGCCGCAGGAAUAUUCUGGUGAUGAAGCACAGCUACUCGCACGAUGGGGCUGAAGAGUGCGACCUGGAUGAUGAAUUUUAUGACGGGCCCACCACCAGCCACGGGCGAGCUGCAAUGGACAGAACUGUGCAUCGGUCAAUAUCCAAUGACUUUUGAUGGUUUUCCAUGCACACCAGCCCAGUUUUCGGAUUGAUUGUUUCUUUAUUGUCUUUUGUCUUGGGUUUAUUUGUAGUAUUUUGUUUGUUGACAGACAAAAUUGCCUUGUCUAGUCACUCUAUUUUCAUCAUUUUGCAUCCAUAAAGGAAUAUCAAUCACCGUUUUGCAUCCAUAAAGGAACAUCAAUCACAGUUUUACUGUCAGCUUUCUUUCCCUGUUUUGCCUAAAAUAUUGUGCUUGCUGUCUAUUCCAUAUAAUUUGAUGACUGUAAUGCACUUUUGUUUUACUCCUAGUGUCGAAAAAUUAUAUUAGGACAGAGGAUCAUUGCAUAUGUUUGUAAAUAGUUUAGAUCCAUAUUGUCAGGGUCCCGCCAUGACAGUCUUGUCUAUUUUGUCACUGUUCAUUGUUUCCUUGUUUGUCUUGUGCACAUGGCUUUGUCUUUGUUUGUGUUAGCCAUGUGCUUCUCUUGUCCCGCCUCCUUGUUUCCUGUUACCACACUACCUUGUUUAGUCCUCAUUUCACUAAUUGUACUUACCUGAUCUUCAUGUGCUCUGGUCCCUUUAUAUUGUGCAUUUUUCCUUCUUGUCUUUGCUGGUUUGUUCUUGUUUCUAUGUUGUUGUUUUUUUUAGAUCUAGUGUAUCAUUUUGUGUUUUUCCCCCUUCCAGUCUUAUUCUAGUUAAUUUUAGUCUUUUGUUUUUGUCUCUUUGGAUUUUAUUUAUCUCUUUGGACUCUUAUUACAUGCAGUUCCCUGUCAGUUUAUUCUUGUUUUAUUUUUUGAUUGCAAGUUUCAGUAACUUUAUUCCUAGUUUUCUUUUGUUUUGCUUCACUAGUGAUUGUUCUGUUUCAGUCUUUAUAGUUUUUAUUUUUUUAUUUCUUAUUGAAAUAUUCUAUUGUCUUGCCCUGUCAUCUUGUUGUGUCUUGUCUUGUUCAUUGUGAGUUGUGUUUGUCCCUGCCCUGCAUCCUUAGAAUUCCUGACCACUGACAUUCACUGUGUUUCAGCCAGACUGGUGCUACAGCUAAGAGAUCAAGCCUCUGGUUCAUUGUGUUCUUGCCUGGUCUUCCUCACCAUCAUUCCACCUGGUACUGCCUCUUCAAGCCUGUUUUCAUCCAGGACUGAUUUCAUUGGUCAUCCUCCUUGCCUUUCAUUGUGUCGUCAGCCCUACUCUCUGAACUGUUUCACAUGAACUCUCCUUGUCCUGUCUAUUCUUCACAGCUAUUCUGUGCCUGGGUCCUCUUUCAGAUUCUCAACAGUACCUGAUGCAUACUGUUUCAUGUAUUAUUUAAAACAUGACAUAAAAUCCUGUCAUUGCUGUUAUGGUUAUAUUUAACAUUGUUUUUAGGGGAUCUGUAACAAGCUUCUCUCUUGAACUGUGGUUUAAUUUAAUUGUUUUUCACUUUGACCUCAUUUAUUUGUAUAGUCAUUGCUUUUAUGCCAGUGUGAGAACAUGUGCUUAUUUUAUACUUUGUUACCCUUCAAUUUUAAUUCUCAUUUCACAUUACUGAUAAAAUUACGAACAAACACAGUUGUUAUGCAGUCUGAUUUUAUUGCAUUAUAAAAUGUCAUGUACAUGCACUUUCUUCACCUAUUGGUAGCAAUUUAAUGUGGUCAUAAGUACCACAUGUAAACAUUUCUACAAAUGUGUAUUCCUCGUCAUAACAUUUAAAUAAGUUUUAAAAGUGAUGUUUUAUUACAAAUGCCAUUGAAGGUUGAUAGUAGCAACCAUAAGAUGCUGUGAGUUUUGAGCCGCAUAAUAGUGCCUCCCACUGACUUACAAAGUAAUUGCAGGAGAGGAAUUUUCACCACUCAAAAAGGGCUGUACCCCAUCUCUGCAAUAAUAAUUAAUAAA